AAUUUGAAGCAUGGUUAAGGCCUAAGGGUAAACACGAAAGGACAUUUGUGUUUACCAUCGGUUAAAGUAAAAGAUAUAUAAAUUUGAAAACGAAACCAUGUUACCUCGCGUUUUACGUGCUUUAACUCAAGUUUCCAGAGGAAAAAAAUUUAUUGCUAAUUUAGAAGCGAGAAGACAUGGUCACACAAAUUAUUGGGUAUAUCGUCAAGAACCAGUGAGGCCAGAGCAAUGGAGAUUUUAUGUUGCUGAUGGACUAAAUUGCUUUAUGUGGUGGUGGAUUUUUGUGCAUAUGUGGUACCAAUGGGGACAUGUUGCAGGAGAAUUUGAUUAUCCUAAACCUGAAAAAUGGACUGAUGCAGAGCUCGGAAUUGUAGAUGUUGAUUUAGAUUGAAAUUUGUACGAGAAUAGUUUUGUAAAUACGUACUGAUUAGUAAAUUGUUAAAUUUGCUUUGAAAUUAUUAAAAAUAAGCUCACAUGCUGUUUCAAAUUUUAAUAA